AAAGGAGGUCUCAUCAUAAAAAAUCCAACCCAUUUGCUGUAGAAUAAUAAAAAACAUAGGGUUAUGAGCUACUUCAUUAAAUUAAAAGGCAACAAUACAGGGAAAACUGGCACAAAGAAAUAAGAAUUCUUCCCACCUUCUCUUUCUUUCCCUCCCUCACAAAGGCACCAAACCACAACUUCCCACUAACUGCAUCUUCAUUUCGGACAUGGAAAGCUUGAGUUUCUUCGUUGGAGUAAUAGGUAACAUCAUCUCAGUGCUGGUGUUUCUAGCUCCCAUUGGAACGUUUUGGCGAAUAGUAAAGCACCGAUCGACCCAGGACUUUGAGAGCCUUCCCUACGUUUGCACUUUGUUGAACUCAUCCUUGUGGACUUACUAUGGAAUUAUCAAGCCCGGGGAAAUACUUGUAGCCACUGUUAAUGGUUUUGGUGUGGUUGUUGAAGCUGCCUAUGUUACCUUAUUCCUCAUAUACGCACCGGCAAAAAUGAGGGCCAAAACCGUCGCUCUGGUCAGCCUCUUGGAUGUGGGGUUUCUAGCUGCAGCAAUUCUAGUGACUCGCUUGGCAUUGCAAGGAGAUACGCGGAUUGAUGCACUAGGGUUCAUAUGUUCCGGCCUCAACAUUGUAAUGUACGGCUCGCCUCUAGCUGCCAUGAAAACAGUGGUGACAACCAAGAGCGUGGAGUUCAUGCCAUUCUUUCUCUCAUUUUUCCUUUUCUUGAAUGGAGGGAUUUGGACCAUCUACGCUGUGCUUGUCCGGGAUUACUUCCUCGCUGUACCGAACGGGACGGGGCUUGUGCUUGGAACUGCCCAGUUAGUGCUGUAUGCACUUUACAGAAACUCAAAACCAUCCAACAAAUUUUCCAUAGAAGAUGGGUCGCAAGAAGAGCACCUCAUCGCAUCUUCCAGCUGAGCACUUAGGAUAGAGUACUCUCUGAUAACAUUUUCACAAGUAUUAGGAAGAAGAACAAACAAAAGAAAAAAGAAGGGAAAAUGAUUUCAUCACACUUCAUACCAGUAAACUGCUACGGAAAAAUGAGAGUGAAGAAGAUAUGUUAUAUUUUGUUGUGGUAAGGUGUUUGUAGACUUCAAUUUUCUGAGUUCUCCGGUUUUGUCAUGGAUGACAUGUAUUGUGGAUUUUAGAUAUGAGAAGUGGGUUUUGAUUCAGCCCAAUGGACUAAAUUUCGAAAAGGGUUGGGGGUAUCCUAAUGGGCCUUUGGGCUUUGUAGGAAAAGCAAUAAUCAAUCAUUUUAAUAUCCCACUUUUAUCUAUUUUCAGCUCGUAAUUUCUUAUAUAUGUUUUUGUAAACAUUGAAAAGCAUUUGAAAUUUGAUCCCUGGAUUUAGUCCCA